UUAACGCACCUAUUACUAUAUAUUCCUCAUCUUCAUUUAGCCACCUUAGCUUACCUGGAGGCUCUUUUGCAGUCUGUGGCCUUUGGAAGUAGCGUGCUGUUCUUCUCGGCUGCUCCACAUUACCAUACAGAGUGUUGAUUAUGCUGUUUUUUUUUUUUUUGAGAACAUAAGAAAUACGAGCUGACUAUCACAAUGUUUCAGCUAGUGGCCAUUGCGUUAUCACUCUUAUCCAUGGCGUCAUUUAUUGAAGCGGGUGUCAUUAGAACCUGCGAUAUCAAACUUGGAGACAUUUUAGUUGUAAUGGACGCCUCGUCCUCCAUCGGGUACAAAAACUUUGAGGUUCAGAAGAACUUCGUAGCCAAUGUAACUGGGGCUUUUAGUGUCAGUCCAACUGAAGUUCGUUUUGGCGCUCUGAUAUUUGACACAAAUCCAACCAAAAAGUUUGACUUGAAAGACUACUUGGACAACGAUUCUUUAAGCAAAGCAAUCCUGUCAAUAAAAUAUCCAUACCUUAAUGGUACUAACACUCACAGGGCUCUUAAAGAAAUUAUAAGUCAGAAAAUGUUUGGCACAGAAGCGGGCGGUAGAGACACGGCGCCAAACAUUGUGAUAGUACUGACUGAUGGACUUUCAUCAUAUCCAGAGAAAACUAAACUAGCCGUACAAGAAGUCAAAUCUCAAAACAUCACCAUUAUAGCCAUCGGCAUUGGGCCUCAUCAAUCCAAGGCUGAGCUCGGGAUUAUAGCCAGCGAUCCAUCGUUAGUGUUCUCUGUGACUGACUACAGCGUGUUGUAUAGAAUAGAGAAAGAUCUUUCAAAGAUAGCAUGUGAAGUAGUCACGUCAACUACUACAACGACGACAGUAGCGCCAACCACAGAGAGGCCGACCUGCCCCACACAGCCAACAACUACCACCACAGAGAAGCCGACCUGCCCCACACAGCCAACAACUACCACCACAGAGAAGCCGACUUGCCCCACACAGCCGACAACGACAACAACCACUACUUCAACAACCACAACACCGACAACGACUACAACAACAACCACUACAGAGAAACCAACCACCACUACAGAGGAACCAAUCACCACUACAGAGGAACCAACUACCACUACAGAGGAACCAACCACAACUACAGAGGAACCAACUACCACUACAGAGGAACCAACCACCACUACAGAGGAACCAACCACGACUACAACAACUACAGAGGAACCAACCACCACUACAGAGGAGCCAACCACCACUACAGAGGAACCAACCACAACUACAACAACUACUGAGGAACCAACCACAACUACAACAACUACAGAGGAACCAACUACAACUACAGAGGAACCGACCACAACUACAGAGGAACCGACCACAACUACAGAGGAACCGACCACUACCACAACAACAACAACUACAACAACAACAACUACAAAGACGACAACAACACCUUACACAAGACCCCCCAGCCCGCCACCCACACCCACGCCAUGUAAAAACACCACUAAGGCGGACAUCCUCCUCGUCAUCGACGCCUCCACCAGCAUUGGACCAACCAAAUGGCUAAAUCAAACUCUCUUCGCUUCUACUGUGACAAGCUAUUUUAACGUUGGACCCGAGGAAGUCCAGUUCGGAGCUUUGAUUUUCAACGCUGCACCGGUAAAACUGUUUGAUCUGAAGACUUAUUCGGACCAUGCCUCACUCAGUAAGGCUUUGCUGGACGUCAAGUAUCCAAACUUCUCUGGGACGUUCACCCACAAGGCCCUUGAUGCUGUCCACGACUGGAAGAUGUUUGACGAGGCCGCAGGUGGUCGAGCUGAUGCACCCAACAUUGUUAUCCUUAUGACCGACGGGAUAUCACAGAACACGACAAAGACCGUGCAGGCAGCCAACAACUUAAAGACGUCUCUUAAUGCCACCAUCCUUACGGUGGGCAUAGGGAAAGACGUGAAUAAAGAUGAACUGAACGCAGUGGCCAGUGACAGCAAGUACGCCUUCUUCUCACAGGACUACAUCGUCCUGGACUAUAUAAGCAGAGACCUGAUUAGUAUCACCUGUAAUACAGCGACACUCCUUCAAUCUCUGUACCGAGCAAAAGUAGAGCCCAGUGUGGACUCAUAACAGAACUGCCGUAAUUUCAUUUUGAUUUAUUAUUGGUUGAAAUAUUUUAAAGAUAGAAUUUUAAAAUAAGAUUAUACACCUCUAAAAAAAAAUAAAGAAUAUAAUAUUA